GGGGCGGGCACUAGGAUCCUCCAGUAUUGGAGAGGUUCCUUAGCUGUUCUUCUACAAGAAAAUGGAGGAGGACAGAGACCACGUGUCUGGGAGGAUAUUAGACCUCACCCUAGAGAUGAUCUACUGGAUCACUGGAGAGGAUUACACAGUAGUGAAGAAGUCGUCUGGUGAGUGUGUGACACCCCGUGUGUCAGGAGGCUGGAGCAGGAGCCAGAGCCCCGCCCCCGAGGAGCCUCCACCUCAUUCACUGAUACAUGAGCAGAAGAUCCUAGAACUUACCUCCAGGAUCACUGAGCUGCUGACUGGAGAGGUGAGCGCUGCUGGGAAUGCUGGGACAUUAUACAAUAACACCAAGGUAUGAAGUGUCUGGAGGAGAAUUGUAUCAUUGUCUGUGUCAGGUUCCUAUAAGGUGUCAGGAUGUCACUGUCUAUUUCUCCAUGGAGGAGUGGGAGUAUUUAUUAGGACACAAGGAUCAGUACAAGGAUCAGGUCAUGAUGGAGGAUCACCAGUCCCUCACAUCACCAGGUAAGAGGAGAGAGCAGGUUUGUGGAUCUCCUAGAUUCCCCCAUCAUCUGAUCAUCACAUAUAACAAUGGAUUCAGUCACUGUGUUUAUUUCCUAUAGAUGGAUCCAGUAGUAUAAAUCCCCCCGAGAGGUGUCCCCGUCCUCUAUAUCCCCAGGAUUGUAAAGAGGAAGAGGAGGAUAUCCCACUGGACCAUCAGCUCCAUAAUGUGGGAUCAUUGCAGGAAAGUUAUGAAGGAACAAUAAAGGGACCCAAAAACCCCAUAUCAGAGAAUGGUUCCUCUACGGUGUCAAAAUAAAACAGUUGACUAUUCUGUGAAGUUGUGGAAGUAUUUGGAAAGAUACAAGGAUAUCGUGAUGGAUCACCCGUAUCUUACAUCAUCAGAUGAAGAUUGGAUGAGAGGCCCCCAGGUAAAUCUCCUUACAUCUUACUCUGGUGAAGAUAAUCCAAAACCGAUUGACAACAACAGAAAUGGACUUGGGCUGGGAAAAAUGUCUGCGGGUUCUGAAUGUGUCAACCAUUUUGAAAACACAUCUAAUCUUCCCAUUCAAGAGAGAAUCCACAUAAAUAAGAAGCCAGUGUCAUGUGCAGAAUGUGGGAAACGUUUUAAAAAUCAAUCAACUCUUAUGGAACAUCAGAGAACUCACACAGGAGAGAAGCCAUUUUCAUGUUCAGAAUGUGGGAAGUAUUUUAGCCAUAAAUCAUGUCUUAUCAAUCAUCUGAGAAUUCACUCAGGGGAAAGACCAUAUCCAUGUCCAGAAUGUGGGAAGUUGUUUCGUCAAAAACCAAAUCUUUUUAAGCAUCAGAAAACUCACACAGGGAUGCUGCCAUAUUCAUGUCCUGAAUGUGCGAAAUGUUUUAGUGUGAAAUCCCGUUUUGUGGAUCAUCUGAGAACUCACACAGGACUGAAGCCAUUUUCAUGCGAAGUAUGUGGGAAAAGCUAUAGUUUGAAAGCAACGCUUACGGAACAUCUAAAAACCCACACAAAGGAGAAGCCACAUCCCUGUUUGGAAUGUGGAAAAUGUUUUAGUGUCAGGCGGGCUCUUGUUAGACAUCAAAGAACUCACACAGGAGAGAAGCCAUUUUCUUGUUCAGAAUGUGGGAAACGUUUUACCCAAAAAUCCCAUCUUAAUAACCAUCUUAAAACUCACACAGGCGAGAAGCCAUUUUCAUGCUCAGAAUGUGGAAGAUGUUUUACCCAAAGAAUAACUCUUGUUAACCAUCUGAGAACACACACAGGAGAGAAGCCAAAUACAUGUACAGAAUGUGGAAAAUGUUUUAACAAUAAGUCAGGUUUGGAGAAACAUGAGCAAAUUCACACUGGGGAGAAGCCUUUUUCAUGUCCUGAAUGUGAGAAAUGUUUUAUUCAGAAAUCAUGUCUUGUAAAACAUAUGAGAGUUCACACAGGGGAGAAGCCAUUUUUGUGUCCAGAAUGUGGGAAGAGUUUUGCAGACAAAUCGCGGCUUGUUAGACAUCAGAUAACUCACACAGGGGAGAAGCCAUAUUCAUGUUCAGAAUGUGGAAAAUGCUUUAGUAUGAGAUCAGAUGUUAUAAAGCAUAAGAGAACUCACACAGGGGAGAAGCCGUUUUCGUGUUCAGACUGUGGGAAAUCGUUUUGUCUGAAAACGGGUCUUGUUAAACAUCAGAGAGUUCACACAGGAGAGAAGCCAUAUUCUUGUUCAGAAUGUGGGAAACUUUUUUCAAAUAGAAUAAAUCUUGUUAAACAUCUGAAAACUCACACAGGGGAGAAGCCCUUUUCAUGCACAGAAUGUGAAAAAUCUUUUAGCGAGAAAUCGAGUCUUGUGAAACAUCAGAGAAUCCACACAGGAGAGAAGCGAUUUUCUUGCCCAGAAUGUGGAAAAUGUUUUACCUAUAAAUCAAAUCUUGUUGUCCAUCUUAAAACUCACACUAAGGAGAAGCCAUUUACGUGUCCUGAAUGUGAGAAGAGUUUUAGUCAGAAAUCAAGUCUGGUGGAACAUCUGAGAACUCACACGGGAGAGAAGCCGUUUUCGUGUCCUGAAUGCGAGAAGAGUUUUAGUCAGAAAUCGAGUCUCGUCGAACAUCGGAGAAUUCACACGGGAGAGAAUCCUUAUGCUUGCACAGUGUGUGGGAAAUGUUUUAAGUAUAAAUCAAGUCAUGUGGAACACCAAAAUACUCACACGGGAGAGAAGCCAAAUCUAUGUACAGUGUGUGGGAAAUGUUUUGGUCAUAAAUCUAGUCUAGGAAAACAUUUAAAGACCCACGCAAGAAAGGAAUAAUAUUCAUGUGCAGUAUGUGGGAAAUGUUUUUGCCAGAUAUCGGGCCUUGUGGAACAUGAGAGAACCUAUUUUGAUGUUCAGAUUGUUGAAAAUGUUGUUGUAAGGCUAUGUUCACAUGGCGGAAUAUUUGCGGAACAUGCUGGUGCUAGGACCGCUUGGGAAUGCCCUGCCUCCAUAGACCUGCACCCUUUAAAUGCCAAGCUAUGAUACUGAAAACCAUUACUGCUAUUCAGCUAGGUUUGAACUGUACGGCUACAUCCCAAAGUUUUCUUAUUUAAAAAAUAUAUAUAUAAAUACG